AUGUGGGAUUCAGAUCGCCAUUUCAACUUGAGCGCUCGGAUUUUUCCGGGAGUUGCUGGUUUCACGUUUUCACUUGCCUUUUCUCGCCUUUGCUGGGGUUGGUUUUUGUUCCUGCAUUCAUUCUGCUUCUGUUACUUUGCGUUCGUGGCUUGGUGCUACUGGAACUUGUCGGGCACACUUAUCGAGCGAUGGCUGCUCUUGUACAAAAUUGGAUUUGGCUCGGAGCAUUACAGGGCUGUUGCAUUUGCCCAUGGGGGAAUUGCUGCCCUACACUUGGGAUAUUUGGCGUGGAUCAUUGGGUGCUCAGCCAGAGAGAAGAAAAUGGUGUUCGGUGUCACUGAAACUUGCAGUUCACCCAACAGAGCAACAAAAACGACGGGUUGGAGUCAAGGCCUCUAUAGAGUCUACUACGCAUUAUCUUCACGUAGUGACCUGUUCAGUGUGAAUUCUCCCUACUUUGACGUUGUUCUGCUGUGUCGAGAAAUAGUCGAGACGGCGCUGCAAACACAGCAAGCUUAUCGCAUGAGUCUCUUGCUCCCUCGCGCACCACUCAACAGAGGUUAUGCCGCGCUGCUAAUUCUGAACUGUUGGUCUACCGCGCUCAUCUACUCAAUUUUCCAGACGAACGCACCGCAGCGCCGGCUUAUCGCGACGAUUUGUGACUGCGUGCUUGACCUGGUGAGCUCAGUGGGUAUCUCAUCCGUCCUGCUUCUCAUCUACGCUACCGACUUCGACUUUGCGCUCAACCAGUUUCCUGCUAACAAAUGGUAUGAGGACGUUUGGGUUGUCCACGCGAUGAGCGAGUUCCAGAUUAUUCUCGUUAUGUCUUGGUCAGACCUGGUAAUGAGGAUGAUAUUUGCUCUGAGCAUGAUCAGCAACAUGAAUAACAUGAAAAAGCUGCUGGCCACGCAUCAAAAGAGUUUAAACCUGUUCAGCCAUCGAGUUACUGCUGUUAUUCCGCUUCACCCGAGCACCCGAGACAAAAACGUUGAUAAUAACCCACACGUAUCACUGGGAACGCGUAAGCUGCGAGUCGAAGCGAGAUUCGCGCAAGUGAUGUUUGCCGUGUGGGUGUUGGCAAUUUUAGUUCUACACUCCUACGCCGACACUAUUCCCGAAAUUUCGCAGUGCAAAAUGCAAGUAAAGCCAUGGUUCACGUCACGACCUUCGUGCUCACUGCUGAUGCUCAAUUGCCAUGAAUCUCGAGUUGAUGGACGUGAGAAAGAAGUAACUGAUCAAUGGAGUUCUUUCGACCCUACGACUACUGUCCGCCUCGUGAUACACCACUGUCCCGUCCUAGAAAUUCCCAGCGACUUGACUAGAUUUUCAAGUUUGAAAGUGCUCAAGAUCUCAAUCGCGAGUUGGGAAGAGGCAGCCGCGUUAUCACAGAAGUGCCAUCCCGACCUGGUUAUGGUGUUUAUAGUUCGAGUGAACAUGGCGGAUGGCCAACUGCCCAUCGGCCUCCAAAGUGCCGAUUUUCCUCACUCUUUGAACGACAUUGAAUUUUGUGUCACGAAUUUACACUCCUUACCGGAUGAUUCGGAUUUGAAAUGGCCACAGUCUGCGAGUAUCUACUUCGAAGCUUGUCAUCUGACGGAGGUUCCCGAAUCAUUAGCCAGACUUGCACCGUACGAUUUGUCAAUCGCGAUGAAUCCCAUCCGGAGCAUUCCUUCGUCAAUAAUUGAAGGCAACGUCGGAUAUCUACACCUUGGGGGCACGCUUAUAUCUGAGCUUCCUCGGUCGGUUUCGAACGUGCACCCUUGGUUCAAACUUCGAGUCGACAACACACAGGUUGGAUUCUUUUGGGACUGGAUCGGCCCUGUAGUCGCUGGGGUAAAUACCGUGAUCUCGGAUAUACCGACAAUUUUAGCGGCAAACUCCCCAUACUGCGGGGAUCUGCAACAAAUCUUUGCUGGUAACCAGACGAUAUUUUCUACACCCCAACAUGAGCAUCAAUCGGAGCUUCUAUCUGAUGCCAGCAGGUCGAACUGGGAAAAGCUUCAAGCGGCUGUGUCUUGUGAGCAAUGA